AUGACCUCAGUUGAGAAGCGCCGCUCAGGCCGAAAGAGUGGGGGACAUCGUAAGCACAGCGAUGGAGGUUACAGUGAUACCUCCAGCGGGGGAUCCUUUCUGGAUGAGACUGACCGUGAGGUCAGCAAUCUGACGGAUCGCGCAUUCAGGAGUCUCUGCAUUGGAGAUGAGGCUGUAUAUAAUGACUCUGACCUCAGUUCAUCUUCUCCCUGCGCCCAGAGAGACAGACAGCUGGCAUUUAAUCAAAGUGGCCAUUGUAGAGACGACAGAGAGAGGGAGAAUCUUAAAAGAGCUUCACAUGAGAGCUUUACCCUCAGGAUGCAACAGUAUGGACAGGACUUGAUCCAUGGAGGAAUGUAUGGGGCCGAGAUCGAGAGAGAUCCACAGUGGGAGGUUUAUGGAGAGAGGACACAGGGAAGGGUUUCUGCCACAUUCCAGCACUCCUUUGUAGAAACCUCUCAACAGCAGGAAUCUCUUGGGCAAGAACAAUUGUCUCUUCUCAGCAAUGGAGCCACAGAGAUGAGUUCAAAGCAACGCAGAAGCCGCUCAAGAGUAUCCUCUCUGAUCAGAGCUUUUAACUCUGAGGGACAAAGGGAUGGAGCAGUGGUAGAUGGUAAACCCAGAGAGUGGAAUGACGAGACAAGCUGGGACAAAUCAGCUCUGAUGAGUAUCCAAAGGGAACUUUCUGAGUUUUCUACAUCUUACCAGCAGAACUUUAACAGUGGUCACUUACCAUCACAUGGCACAAUCACCUCCCAAGACCCCAACUUCUACUCCUCUAAUGUGGCAGCAGUGUCUCACAUGAAUUCGGCAUCCUCUUUUAUGAGCUCUUCCCAUACUAAACACAGCAUGUCCGCUCAGGUCAAUUGUAACUCUAACUUCUUCAUACACAGUGAGUUUAGUCCCUUCAAGGUAUGGAGGGACUAUAACAGGUUUCCCUUCUCACAAGGAGGAGUCUCAGGGUUUAUGAACUGUUCAGAGUUUCCUAAAUGGUAUGAGACACCGAUGUACAAGGAGCUUUCACUGGAGGCCCAACCGCAGGGUCCUUAUCAGUUUGAGGAGAGGGUUAACAGACACCAGAGGAAUAACUUGGCACCUGUUGUUCCUCCCACUCAUCAACGAUCCACUUCAACCUCUACAAUGAUGCAGAAAGCUCCUGCCGUGGAGAAACGCUGUGAGUCGGAAUUGACUGGUCAUUACCCACACAGAAAGCGUACACAGAGCCUGGGAACUUACAAGCUUCAAUCAAAAAGGCCAUCAACUGCGUCACCUACCAGUGAGAUGUCUCGACGUGUCCAGGACACCAUAAGCUCGGUCAAAGCCCUUCAACAAAAAAUCAAAAUGAUGACAGAGCAAAAUAUUGUAACAGGGAUGACAACAAAUCAACCAGAAGGGCUUUGUAGCAAUGACAAUUCAAUAAUCUUUAAAAACAAUGCAGAAUCAAUGGCACCAAAUGUUACCCUUGGUACCACAAGGAAGACCCCCUUCAACAUCAGCCAUCUGCUCACGCCUUUAGUAUAUGCACAUCAAGAAGCGGAGACAUCAGAGGUCGGACAGAAUGCAGUUUCUCCUCAACCUGUAGAGCAUGCUCCAGUGCGAGCAGAAAGCAGGGGAUCCACUCCUGAUAUUAAGAUGUCCAGCUACAGAUCCAGAGCCAGCAGCCUACUCUUCAAUCUCAAAGACAACAGGAAAAGAGUCAAAAGCACCUACAGUCCUACCAAAUUUAAAGGCUUGGAGACACUAGAGAAAAACAUACAGCCCUCUACCCAGGAGCCUAGAGACACUGUGAUAGACAUCCCUGAUUUUCCAGAUCCAGACAUUCAAGUUUUCCUGGUGGAGGAUUCCACCAGGACUAAUGCUGCCUCAGAUCAAUAUUCAAACCACUAUCAAAGCCCUGGAUUUCCUACAAGCAGAGUUGCAACAGAUAACACACAAAAUGAGGAGGAAGCAGGCAGCAUUAAACCCAAUGAGUUGACAGAUAGUCAGUAUUUUUAUAGUGAGUCAUCAAAGGAAUUCAAAUUAUCUGGUAGUAAUUAUUUACCUAUCAAUGAAGAUGAAAGAUCAAAUACUGACAAUGUUACUGAUAAAGUAAACAAUGACAGUCUUGAAAAGUUGAAGAAAUCUGACCCUCUGAAACACACUGAUAUUUCACAAAAAAGAGACUCUGACCCGCCUAAACCGUUCCCCUUUGAAAGAAAACAUAAGUCAGCUGAGCGAAAUGAAGGUUCAGGUAAAGAUUCACAUUUCACCCCUCCCAGAGCAUUGUCCAGUAAAGAGAGAGCACAGACCAAACAGGAGAUUCUCACCUCAAAGAUAAAAGCCCAUGCUGAAAAAGAAAUUUCAGCUAUUAAGGAAAAGGGGUUUGCUGUACGGGAUGGGUUUAUUUCCAAAAAUCCUGCCAAGCAGUUUUCAGGUAGUCAGAGUAUGAUUAUACGACAGAGGCCUCCAGCACAGGACAUUUCUAAAACAUAUGAAAGCACAAUGUCCAGUAAUUACAACCUAAAGCACCAAAUGGAACCUUCAGGAACACAGAUUGAUCCAAUCAAAUAUUUUUCACCUCCAAGCUCUGCUACAAUCCCAGUUAACUAUGCUGCAAUCACCAGUAACUUAUCAGACCAUGAAGAACCAAUGAAGAGCAAUGUAAAUGGACCCAAAACAACAAAAAACACAAAAGAUAAAAGUUAUAACAUGAGUGCAAAUGAGGGAUUGGUUGAAAAUCAAAAGAAAGAAAAACAAACUGGAAUUAAGUCACCAAUAAAAAGUAAGGAGCAGACACCCCAAAACAAGGAAGAAAAAAAGGGGGCAGAUCAAAGACAAAACUCAAGUCUGAAAGAGAAAGACAAUCUUGAUGAAACUGAACAUCUCAACAAGAAGAAAGAGGAGCCAUCAAGAGCUAUAACUGUAGUUGAAGCUGAAAGUUCAAAACCUAUGACAACAGAAGAGACGGAAAGUAAACACGAAGCUGUUCAGGAGGACUCAACACCUUCACUAAAUAAUGUCUUGGGUCAGACCAAGACCCUAGUUGCUGAUGACAGCUUGCAGAUCACGGGAAUAAUGGUUAGUGUGCGAGAAAGAAAGCAUUCUAUGGACAAUGGUCGUAGUAAUAUAAGCACUCUAGAACAAAUGAAUCAUAAAGAUUGCAAUAAUUCAGAAGGUUUGGAAGUAAGUGUAGGAAACACAUCUUCAAUAGAAGUUAGCAUGUUGGAGCCAAAGAUAGAAGUUGUACGGAACACUUAUUCUACAAAAAAGGAAGAUCAAACUAAAGUUGGUAUGAAUAAUCAUUCCAAAAACAUGCAAGAAACUUCAACCCUAGAAACAAAGCUGAAAAAUGAGUCUGAGACUGUCACCGAGAAAAAGACUAAUCUCCAGCAGGAGAGUUCUACUAUAAUUGCAAGACCCCAGAUGGUAACACAAUGCCAAGAGCCCCUGGCUGAAAAAGGUGUCCCUUUCACAGUCACUGUACUUGCUAAAAAUAAAGUAUUGGCUGAAUCUCAACCCCUUCUCUUCAAACAGGAUAUAAAGACAAAUGAAAUGAAAGAUCAAACAAAAGAAACAGCAAAAGAAAACUCAGCAAAAAGCAUAGGAAAAGAGAAAGUAAAGAGUAGUACCGAACAAAACAAUCUGCAAAAAGGUCCAACAACACAUACCAACAACAACUUCAAGCCCAAAGAGGCAAACUCGGCAGAAAAUAACAGAAAUGACUCAGAUGAUGCUGAAACUCUGAUAAAACAUGACAUCCAGCCGUCAGGAAAAGGAGACACGACAACUGUCAGAAAUCCAUCCAAAAGCAGAAACAGAGAUGGCAAGAGUGCACCCCUAAUGGAACAAAACAUGUGUGACUCAACACCACCGAAGCCAUUCAUCAAAAUCAGUCCCUCAAUUAAUUUAACUGAGAAUAAAAACAACCAUGUGUCUCCAACACAUCAGUAUGAACAGACACACAUGGGAGAAAAUAAACAACACAGUGAAAAUGUGCUUAUAGGCAGCAUUGCCAUCAGAGUUUUGCCCUCAGUAACUGAAAAGGACAACCUGAAAAAGGUGGAAAAACAUAGUAUCACGACUAUACUACAAGAAACACAAUCCAGUCUUGGAAAAAAAGCAAAUACUUUAAGCACUGAAGACCGAAGCAAAGACCUUUCUCCAACGAGCAGUGAGAAGCAGGCACAAGACAGUUUGGAAGAAAAAUUGGCAGUACAAAGUGUGUUGUCCUGUGUUAAAAAGCUGUCUGAUUCACUAAAAAUCAGCAAUCAAAAAAACAGCAUAAAUAUACCCAGUGACAACACUCAAGCUGAAAAGGGACAGCCUCAAAGAGUCAAUAUAAGAAAAUCAGUGGAUGAUUUAAAGAAACAGCCAAUGGUGGGAGACUACUUCCAAGUGCAAGGGGUAUCAGACACAAACAACGGCACACAUUGUGACAAUACAUCAGAUGCUGUUUCAAAGGAAAGGGAACUUUCAGGGUUACUACCGAAUGAGGCAGCUAUUAGCGAUAAAUCAUGCAAUGAAGGAAAACACAUGCUUGAUCAAAGUGAAAAGAAAACAGUGGAAACAAGUUCAGCAAGAGUUCAAGAUAAUAAUAUGAAAAGGAAAAGCGGGGAAACAGAAGAUAACCUGGCUUCGAAACAGAAUGAUGGUCCCACGGAGAGACAGAGUAAUAAAAAUGAGAAGACAGAGGCCAGUCAAGCUAUUCACAUGAGAAAACAUCAAACAGUGAACCAACCCAGUUUAUCAGCAAAGGACAGACAGAGGUCAAGAAAUACCCACCCAACAAUUGAAGAUACUGAUAAAGGAAAACCUCAAGUUAAACCUAAACCAAAAGAAAGGGUAUCCACAAUACCUGAGAUAUCAGCACUUGCAGACUAUGCCAGGUUAAAAGUUAUUGUUUCAGAAGAUGAGGCAAACCCAAUUCAGGAAUUCCCGCCCAACAAAAAGGAGGGAUUCUUUCCAAUAAUACAGACUCGUCAUAGCAGACGUCCGGUGUUCACUGCAGACGCACAAGAGCUCCCUGUGAAACAGAAAAGUGUGCCAAAAAAGGCGGAGGUCAACUCCAAAGUGAACAAAGAGCCCAAACCUGUAGUAUUUCCAAUUACAGAGAAAGAACACCAAAGGACCGGGAUGUUCAAAUUGGGCGACAAAGAAGGACAAGACAAAAUGCUAAUAGAUGACAAAGCCAAUGAACGUAUAUUAGACAGAGAUUCAAAACAGGCACAACACCUCAAAGAAAAAAGUAAGUCAUCAACAAAUUAUCGUCAGCACCAGAGAAGUGAAGAACAAGUGGCUGAAACUGAUAACCAAAGACUUUGUCAAGAACAACAAAGCAUUCUUCAGUCAAAUAAUGCUCCGUCACUAUCAACAACCUCAGUCAACAGGCCACGAAGCAAUUCUGCGUCACAACACCUGAAGCCAAUCGCCAUCUCCAAUCCACCUGAACAUGUUGUGGGAGAAGUGUACAGCGUAGAAGAAAUCACAGCCACUCCAAGAAAAGAUGGGAGGAUUGAAAAUGCACUGGCUAACAUUGGGGAAGAUAGAACAGAAAAGAGGAGACAAGAAAAGCUUCCAACUCAGCAUGAAGAAAUCGGGGCACAACAGCAUAGAGCAAAACAGUUUGAGGAAACACAAGCUUCUAGGAUUGAAGAGGAGACAAGAGCUAAAGACAUGAGAGUUAAGCAAAUGAUAGAGGAGAAUAGAGCUUCUCUGGCUCAAGAAGAGAGGAGAGCUGCUCAGAGAGAAGAGGAAAGGAGAACAAGGGAACGGGAGGCCAUUGCUGCUAAAAUCAAGGAGAGACGGGAAAGACAGAGAGCAGCAGAGAGAAGAGCAGAAGAAGAAAAAGCAUCUCAAGAAAAAGGGAUGAUCAAAGCAAAACAAAUAAAAGAAGAAAGGAGAAUGAAAGAAAUAGAGGAGAAUAGGAGAACAAAGGUUGAGGAGGAGAGAAGAGUAAAAUUAGGAAAGGAGGAAGAGCUGCUUAAAGAAAAUGAGGAGAAAAGCAGGGUGAGACAGCAAGAGGAGAAAGCUUUUCAAGAGGAGCAGCAAAGGAGAGCUGCACAAGUUGCACAACAAAAGCAGCAAAAGAGAGCUGCACAAGUUCCACAAGAAGAGCAGCAAAAGAGAGCUGCACAAGUUGCACAAGAAGAGCAGCAAAAGAGAGCUGCACAGGAAGAGCAGCAGAGGAGAGCCGCACUAGAGCAGCAGCAAAAGAAAGCUGCAGAAGAGGAGCAACAGAGAAGAGCUGCACAAGAAGAGCAGCAGAGGAGAGCGGCACUAGAGGAGCAGCAAAAGAGAGCUGCACAAGAAGAGCAGCAGAGGAGAGCCGCACUAGAGCAGCAGCAAAAGAAAGCUGCACAAGAAGAGCAGCAGAGGAGAGUGGCACAAGAGGAAAAGCAGAGGAGAGCUUCACAAGAAAAGCAGCAAAAGAGUGCAGCACUAGAGGAGCAACAGAGGAGAGCUGCACAAGCUGCACAAGCUGCACAAGAAGAGCAGCAGAGAAGAGUGGCACUAGAGGAGCAGCAAAAGAGAGCUGCACAGGAGGAGCAACAGUGGAUAGCUGCACAAGUGGAGCAGCAGAGGAGAUUUGCAAAAGAAGAGAAGCGGAGGAGAGCUGCACAAGAAGAGCAGCAGAGGAGAGAGGCACUAGAGGAGCAGCAAAAGAGAGCUGCACAGGAGGAGCAACAGAUGAGAGCCACUCUAACUGAGAAGCAAAUGCGAGCAAAACAGAUUGAGAAGGAGGAAGAUGCUCGAAAUUUAGAGGAGGAAAGAUUCAAACAGAUCAAAGAGCAGAAGAAAGCAGAUCAGGAGAUUGAAGAGCAGAGGAGAGAUAGGCAGAAAAGGGAAGAAUGGAUAAAAUCUCAGAGCGAGGAGGACGAGAGGAAAGCUGUUGAAAAAGAGAAGGCACUUAUAAAACAAAGAGGAGAAAGGAAAGCCAAAGAGGAAAUGACCAGACUCAUUGAGGAAAGCCAAGCAGCUAUAAAAGAGGAGGGGAAGAGAGUGGCAAGAGACCGGUUGCAAACUCAAAGAGAGGAGGAGAUCAGGGCUCAAAGGAGGGAAGAGGUAGACAAAAAGCUAACUGAUCAAAGAGAAAAGGAGAGAGCCACUCAGAUGGAGGAACAGAAAAGAGCAAAACCAAAGAUGGAUCCCAUCCAGUACUAUGCUAUAACUUCAACAGAAUCAGAGAAGAAACCCGGAGAACGACAGCUGUGCUCCCCUUCACCUUCCCAACAAAGACCGAAUCCAUCAGGGUUUGGGUCAGCUGAGGACUCAGGAUCCUACACAAGGUCUUAUAGACCACAUGCACCUGCAUCUCCAGCACUAUCUUUGCCCCGCUCCAACACCUCCUCUCCUGCUCUGGGAGUCAAGCCCUCAAUGUUCAGGGUGAAGGAUAACACUUUCAGAGGUUCCUCUCUCACCAAGUCGGUCAAACCACGCCUCCAUAAAAGCUUUGGAGAGGAUUUCCGUGUGGGAUCACCCCUGGAGAGAGGAGAAGAAGAGCAGGAGAUAAUAAGACGCAGUGCUGGUACUCCUGACACAGGUUUAAACAGACUUGCUGCCAUCAAAGAAUCCUCCACUUUUCCGUAUUUGUCUCAAGAUUACUCAGCCUAUCUCCCCCAGCACAGGCCUUACUCAAGGAGGAGCAUUGCUCUAGAUGAAGACGACUCGCUCUCUGUGGUCAGCAACAUGUCCGAGGAUGUGGAUAGUUGUGCCACCAGUGCAACAGACCUUGCAGACCUACGAGGCCUGUAUGACUACGAGAGGCCAGAAUCGGCCUGUAGCUACAGCAGUGAUGUGUCCCGUUCUUUGGGCAAGCCUCCAACUGUUCCUCCAAAGAGUGAGAAAGCCUUGCGUAGAGCCAAAAGGUUGACUACGCGUAGAAUAAAAAAGGAGAUCUCUAAAAUGGUACCAGACAGCCCUGUUGGAGUUGAGAAAUCUCUUCAAGAAGACGCCAAUAUUCCUUCAUCCGUUGAGGUAUGCUCCAACAUCCGCCGAGCUGUGGCUUCCCCUCAUUUUUCCUCACCUGUCUCCCUCGCUCAUGCUCCAGCAGCAGGGUCUGGCUUGGCUUCUUUACACUCAAAGCACCUAUCUUCUCACAGCUAUGCUUCCCCCCAUGCCACUGGUCCUAUCUCCCUCGCAGUUGCAUCACCUCAUGCCACUGCCCCCGUUUCCAUCCCUGUCACCCCGCCUAAUGCUACUGGCCCUGCUUCCCACACUUCUGCUCUUAAGACAGUUGCUCAUGUUUCCUCUUCUCCUACUCUCCAUCAUGACAAACACCCAGCUCCAGUGACACAGUACCAUGUAGAGUCAAGCUACCCCCAUUCCUACCCAAUGACCCAGCGUAAAGUGCUGCAAGACCUCGGCUCUGGUCAGUAUUUUGUGGUUGAUGUGCCGGUUCAAGUUAAAACUAAGACUUUCUUUGACCCGGAGACGGGAAAGUAUGUCCAGCUGAAUGUGCGCGAGUCUGGCCAAAGCACCGCCCGUGUCCCGCCCCAGCAGUUGUACACACAACCUCAGCUCCAACCCCAAAUGCAGGUCAAGGUUCAACAACAGUCCCAGGUCUCUCCAGCUAGCAAGCCUUUUGGGCUUUAUCAAGGCAACCAUGGUUAUCCCAAAGACUACCAAGCUCCAGCUAUCAACUCUGCAGCCUCCCACAGUUUAUCAGCCCCUGUGACCGUCAACCACAACCAGCAGACAGUCAGGCUGAGCCACAGCUAUGGACAUACAGCCCCUGAGAUGGGACAGAACUCUGAAGGGCAUUGCUACAGCCCAGAGAAGACUCCAUACAUGGACACAGUUAAUGAUAAAGACAAAACAUAUAACACAGUUUACAACACAAAUGGCCCAUAUGAAUCCUUCCCAGAGUUUGACACAAACAGCCAGCUUGCACGAAGCCCAGUUUGUGAAAAUGAUAACUCAGCCCACUCACAAAGUCAGCCCAGAGAUAUAAUAAGCAUCAGUGAACUGGAGGACUUUAUGGAGUUGUCUGACUGGUGAGAGCAAAGACUUUUAGCUUUUAUUCUUCCAAAGGGGCUGCUACUGUUAAACAGAGAAGUAAAGUAUUGGCAAAAAUAAAGAUACCCAAAAGCACAGCAUGAAUGGAUCAAGAUAUGCAGUAUUUUAAGUUUAUGUGAAUGACUUUUCAAGUGAAAAUACUCUAAGAAUUGCUGCUGUUGAGAUAUUUUUUGUUCACCAUUCCAUUUUGAAUUUUGAAUGUGAGAAGCUAAGAUAUGUGUUUUGUGUAUACAUUAUUAAGUAUCCCAUUGUCUCCUAACCUAAAAGUAUUUAUCAUACAUUAGAAAAGCAACAGUGUGUCAAUAGUAUUUAGUAGUUUGAAAAACGUUUAUGCUAUGAACAUGGCAAGCCUUUUUAAGUUUUCAUUGUUUUGAAUCAAUUUUGUGAUGCAUGAAAUAUUGGUAAACCUGAAGUGACAAUCAAAUAUCUGAGGAUACUGUAUCUGCAGAUGGUGUAACGCUUAUUUUGUCAAAGUAGUGUCACAGUGAAUCCAUGCUUAUGUGAUUAUUGCUGUUUUUAAGGUUUAACUUCAUACAGUAGUCGAUUUGUUGGUUGGAAGUUUAUGAGAAUGUUGCUGUGAUACAGAGUAAUGUGACAUGGACUAAUUUAAGCAAUAAAAACACACUUCAUUCAUCCAAACAAUCAUCACAAUGUCUUUCAAAGUCAUAUUGUAAAGGUUAUGAAUAAACAAAAAGGAAAUAUAAAAUA